AUGCUCCUGACCGAAUCAACAGAACCAUCUGCGACUACUUUCGACUCGGUCUCUCCUGCCCAGAUCAAAGACAGCAGCUUUCGGCCUAGUAUGCUUUACAACGUACUUCCCACCGUGGUGUCGAGUCGCCUACCCACGAUACCUUCGCUCCGCCAGUCUCUUGGCGAUGUACGGAGUCGAACCUACUACAAUAAAUCCGAUACCGUGACAGAAUUACCACAGCCUGUGACGCCGCCACCGGGGUACUCGACCAUGCCUCCAAGCGAAACUGUUUCACCACACAAACUUUCUGCUGCUUUGGGGGAGGCAGAAGCCGAUUUUGCAGACGAUGUGUCUGAGGGCCAGGCUUCUUCAAGGGCCAUGCCCCUGGUAGUCCCUGGUGCUCAAGAAACGCAUUCUGGUGUCAGAUGGAGAUAUGCUAGCCUAGGCAUAAGUCUACUGCAACAGGCAUCUCGAGAGUCAAACGCAUCUUCUAAUGCCUUGGACGAGGCGUCUGCAACACUCAUUCGACAACUAUACGUACAUGGCAUCACCUAUCUGCUUCGAGGACUCCCAGAGAACCUCACGCCAGAGGAAAAGCUGAGUCUACAGGCCGCUCUUCCCCAGGAUCUUGUAGAAUCAGUCAGUGAUUCAAACACAGGCGCGCUCGUACGUGCCACGCCACAGAGCUCCGACGCUGCACAAAGGCCACCGCAGAAUCCUACUAUCAUACACCGUAUCACGGCAGCGUUUGUCCUGCAGACCUUUCUCUUCCUGCAGUUUCUGCUGCCAUACAUUCGGCUGUUCCUUUCGCAUGCGUAUCAAUUUGAGAGGAAGCACCGAAUCACGCAGCGAAUCGUCAACACGAGUGUCGCGACUGCCGAUGAAUUUGGCCAAAAGGCACUCAGGUUCUCGCAGGUUGUAUGUCAGAUGAACGACGGUAUGGUUAUCCAGACCUUUAACGAUUUGACCAUGUGGUGGAUAACUGGUGUGACGGGAGGGGUGCAACAAGGCCUCGCCGAGGGUCUCCGAACUAUGAAAGCAGCGGAAGGUCAGCGACGUGGGGAGGUAGAGGAGGAGAAGUAG